ACUUGGGCACGCAUGGCGACGCAAACGCAUGCGCAGUAACAAUUUAGGCCGGAUAUAGUUUUUUUUUUUUUUAAAGAGUAGCGUAGGUUUUGUGCUGGAACUUCUGGGGUCUGGUGGAAGUUUUUUUCCUGGGGCUGUACACCAAGGCUUGCAGGAAUCGUCGCCAUGACAUCCGCGUUGGAAAACUAUAUCAAUCGUACUGUGGCAGUAAUUACAUCAGAUGGCCGAAUGAUUGUGGUAAGAAUUCCUUUUAAAUAUAAGCUUUUCCUCAUCUCAGAUUGUUUUUUCAAAAGAAUCUAUUCUUCGGCGCUCGGAGUGGAACAAGUGGUUUUAGGAUUGUACAUUGUAAGAGGAGACAAUGUUGCUGUAAUUGGAGAAAUAGACGAAGAGACAGACUCUUCUCUUGACUUGGGGAACAUUCGAGCAGAACCUUUGAACUCAGUUGUACAUUGAAGAAAAUAAAGAUGAACAUAUACAUCAGGAUGUCAUAGAUCUCCGGUUGUACAGAACUAUUUAUAGGCUGGCAUGGCUACUUUUUACAAGUUGUAUGUAAUAAGCUGCAUAAUUUGUACUUUUUAUUUUGACAGUUUUAGUUUGAUAUGUAAAUUAAAUUGUGCAUCUUACUAAAAACAAUACUUGAUGUUUUUAAGUAUCCAGGGUACAUAUUAAA